AUGAAUAUCGAUGAAGAUGUCAAUCCAUUUGCUGAUCCAUCGAUUCAGCAAGCAACUCAGCAAACACUUACAAAUCAGCAGACACUCAAUGAGUACAAUCCAUUUUCUAAUACGACUGUUGCUGCAAAAACAGCACCAAUGAAUGCGGGUACAUCUACACCAUCAUAUCAACCAGCAGCACCUCCGAUGGCUGCUCAACAAACAAAUCGAAUUGAUUUCAGUCAAUUAGAACGACAACAAGCCGAACUUGAACAACGUGAAAAGCGUCUUGCAGAUCGCGAACGAGAAUUGAGAAAUUUACAAGCUCCACACCGUGACAAAAACUUUCCACCGCUACCAGCUUGGUGUCCGCUUCGCCCAUGUUUCUAUCAAGAUAUCGGUGUUGAAAUUCCACCUGAAUUUCAAAUAUGGGUUCGUUAUCUUUACUAUCUCUGGUUACUAUAUUCAGCAACAUUGGUUUUGAAUAUGAUAGCAGCCUUCUCUUAUCUAAUGGUUGAUAAAGAAGGUGCAGCGACAUUUGGUCUCUCGAUACUUUACUUGUUUUUAUUUGUUCCUUGUUCAUACGUCUGUUGGUUUCGACCAAUCUAUCGAGCGUUCAGAGAAGACAGUGCAUCCAGCUUUAUGAUCUUUUUUCUCAUCUUCUUCAUUCAAAUCGUCAUAACCAUCUUACAAUUCUUUGGUGUUGCUAAUCUCGGAUGCGGUUUUAUAUUAAUGGUGCAUCUAUUCUCACUCGGUGGAAGUAAAAUCAUCGUCGGUAUUAUUGUGAUGAUCGUGACACUAAGCUUUGGAAUCGUUGCUGCUGCUGAUGGUUUAUUAUUAAUCAAGGUACACCGUUUGUAUCGUCAAUCGGGAGCAACACUUGAACAAGCGCAACGUGAAUUUCAGUCGGCAUUUGUCAACAAUCCGACCGUUCGUGGAGCAGCUCGUGAAGUCGCGACGGCUGGUAUAAAUCAAACAACACGUGGAACAAGUUAUCCGCAAUAA